AUGAGUCAAACGGGUCUUGGACUUUACGGGCCAAGAGGAGCCCAGAUAAUGUUGGUGGUGAGGGAACUUCAUGUACGGCCCAAUUCGAGUCUUGGGCCUCGAAAUCUCCAUCGGAGAGGAGCAAUCCGAGUCCCUUGCUUCCCGCUAUCGGCCUGCAGGGAACUUUGCACACAUCAAAGAGGCAAAAACAAAAAAAUCAACCUGGCAGAUAUCACACUUGGGUUUCGGCGUAGACGAGUCAGACAAAGGGACCCUUUGGUGCUUAAUGGCGAGCUUAUUGGCGGCGUGAACCCUCCGAUCGCAGGCCCAGCACAGCGCCGCCUCGUCAGCACAGCAGAGGACACCGGCCUCGGCCGACUCACACACGUUACAAUGAAUCUUCAUGGCUUGUGA